CCCCAUGGACACACCCGGCCCCAGGUCUCCCCGUAACUCCAGUUCAGUCCCCUGAGUGGGCGGGACCCACAGCGGCUUCCCAGGCGGGGCUCACGGGCUCCGCUGGGUCCUAGUGCAGCCGUCAGACAGACUGCCAACCGGGACAGUCGCUCACUCGCAGCUCCAGGGCCCGGGUGACCGGCAGCCACCUGACCGGCCAUGAGGGGCACGCCCCUGCUCCUCGUCUCUCUGCUCGUCCUGCUUCGGAGGCACGGGGACUGCCGCCUGGCCAAUGCAGAGGAGAAACUGAUGGAUGACCUCCUGAACAAAACCCGCUACAACAACCUGAUCCGCCCAGCCACCAGCUCCUCUCAGCUCAUCUCCAUCCGCCUGGAGCUAUUACUGUCCCAGCUCAUCAGCGUGAAUGAGCGAGAACAAAUCAUGACCACCAACAUCUGGCUAAAACAGGAGUGGACUGAUUACCGCCUGGCCUGGAACAGCUCCUACUAUGAAGGGGUGAACAUUCUGAGGAUCCCGGCAAAGCGCGUCUGGCUGCCUGACAUCGUGUUGUAUAACAAUGCUGAUGGGAUCUACGAGGUGUCUGUCUACACCAAUGUCAUCGUGCGUUCCAAUGGCAGCAUCGAGUGGCUGCCCCCUGCCAUCUACAAGAGCGCCUGCAAGAUUGAGGUGAAGCACUUUCCCUUCGACCAACAGAACUGCACUCUCAAAUUUCGCUCCUGGACCUAUGACCACACAGAGAUCGACAUGGUCCUUAAAUCACCCACAGCCGUCAUGGAUGACUUUACCCCCAGUGGCGAGUGGGACAUCGUGGCCCUCCCAGGACGAAGGACGGUGAACCCGCAGGACCCCAGCUAUGUGGAUGUGACCUAUGACUUCAUCAUCAAGCGCAAGCCGCUCUUCUACACCAUCAACCUCAUCAUCCCCUGUGUGCUCAUCACCUCGCUGGCCAUCCUGGUCUUCUACCUGCCCUCGGACUGCGGGGAGAAGAUGACGCUCUGCAUCUCCGUGCUGCUGGCGCUCACAUUCUUCCUGCUGCUCAUCUCCAAGAUUGUGCCUCCCACCUCUCUUGACGUACCGCUCAUUGGCAAGUACCUCUUGUUUACCAUGGUGCUGGUCACCUUUUCCAUCGUCACCACGGUUUGUGUCCUCAAUGUUCACCACCGCUCACCCAGCACUCACACCAUGGCAGCCUGGGUCAAGGAGUGCUUCCUGCACAAGCUGCCCAUCUUCCUCUUCAUGAAGCGCCCAGGUCUCGAAGUGAGCCCAGCCGGGAUCCCUUAUCCCGGCCAGUUGCACCUGACCACAGCUGAUGCAGCAACCACCUCUGCCUUAGACCCCGCCAGCCCAUCUAACGUCUAUGGGCAUUCUAUGUACUUUGUGAACCCUGUCCUCACCGCUCCCAAGUCUGCAGUCAGCUCCCACACAGCAGGCAACCCCAGGGAUGUCCGGCUGAGGUCCUCUGGGAGGUUCCGGCAGGAUCUACAGGAAGCUUUAGAGGGCGUCAGCUUCAUCGCCCAGCAUCUGAAAAGUGAUGACCAGGAUCAGAGUGUCAUCGAGGACUGGAAAUUUGUAGCGAUGGUCGUCGACCGCUUGUUCCUGUGGGUGUUUGUGUUUGUGUGCAUCCUGGGUACCGUGGGGCUCUUCCUACCUCCCCUCUUCCAGACCCAUGCCCCUUCCAAGGGCACCUAGACUACCCAGCAUGCCAAGGGCCCCUGGGUUAUAGCGAGAUGAUAGGAGAAGCCAAGUGGGCAGUUCACUGCUUCCUCUGGGUCACAGCUAAGGAGGCCCUAAGGAAAGAUGUGACCACCGGCAGUCAACCCCAUCAAACCCGCCACGAUGAGAAGGACGAAGGUGGGUGGCUUGCACUGUUCCCUCCGAAUGCCUCAAUUAAGUCCCUGCAGGAGGGGUUUAGGCUGCCCAAGUCCAGCCUGGCCUCCCUCCUUCCCUGUGCCAGGCCCUGGAGUCAGACAGUCAUAGAAGCAGCACCUGCUGUUCCGUGUAUCACGCCAUCACACCCCAGGCCGCCACCACACCCCAGGCCGCCAUCACACCCCAGGCCGCCAUCACACCCCAGGCCGCCAUCACACCCCAGGCUGCCGUUCCAUCCAUCUCCCUCCACUCCCAGCUACCCACGAGAUUCCUGGGUCUUCCAUUUCCUCACACAUCCAGAUUCUCCCAGGUCAGAAUCUUUAUGUCUGCUGUAGCUCCUCCCAAAUCCUCAGACUCUUACUUCCCCAGCUUCUCACAUGGCUGCACUAGUCAGGGCUCUACUCCCAUGAUCCUCUGCUCCAAUGUCAUUUCUUGUAGAAGCCUUCCCUAGUCAUGCAUUCCAAAGCACUGUCUCCCAUAACUGCAUUAAACCUCCGUGAGUGUCCCCCAUUGGUACCUGCAGUUUAGUUGGUGGCACACCAGUCACCUGUCCCUUGCCCCUGAGAGUGUGUGCUCCACAAGGGCGAGGGACAGAGCUCUGUACACAGAAGGUGAAAAAUAAAUGUUCGCUGAAUGAAGAAUGGCUCCUGCUUUCCUUCAAGCUCACAUGCUCCCUCUGAGUAGCUGCCUUUGGUCCCCACCUCUAGAAAGAGUGGCCAGCCUUCUCCGGGACAUCACAGCUCUGGCUGCUUUCUGCCUUUACAUCACGGUUGGUUCAGACCUGUCUCUCUCACACACCCACACUGGUCCAUUUCUCACACUACUUGCCCCAUUGAUGGCACUCAAGAUAUUUCUGGAGUUAAGGAGAAUAUUUAAAAAUUUUUAAAAAUAUUAUUUUAUGUGCAUGGAUGUUUUGCCUUCAUAUAUUUGUGUGCACCAUGUGCAUGCUUGGUACCCCUGGGGGCCAGAAAAAGGCACUGGAGUCCCUGGAACUGGACUUAAAGACAUGAGCCGCCAUGUCAGCGCUGGGAAUCAGACCUGGAUCCUCUGGAAGGGGAGCCAGUGUUCUUGACGGCUGAGUCUCCAGCCCCUGAAGGAGAAUACUUUAUUUAUUUAUUUAUUUAUUUAUUUUUGGUUUUUUCGAGACAGGGUUUCUCUGUGUAGCUUUGCGCCUUUUCCUGGAACUCACUUGGUAGCCCAGGCUGGCCUCGAACUCACAGAGAUCCGCCUGGCUCUGCCUCCUGAGUGCUGGGACUAAAGGCGUGCGCCACCACCGCCCGGCUGAAGGAGAAUACUUUAAAGAGUGUUGUUUUUACAAUUAUCAUACAAUAAAGUUGGCUUCUUCAUGUAUAAUCCUUUAAAUUUUAACGUGAGUCUACAUUUGUAUAACCAUCACUAGGACAAAUGAAAUGUGUUUCACGCAAGCUCUGCUGCUAUUCUGUAUCGUGCCAUGGCCUGCACACUUGGCCUUGGCACCCCUGGCCACCCCUUACCUUUUCUCCAUCACUCUAGUUCAGAAUCUUCUAGCCUGUGGCUUAUAUGGAAUCCAACAGGGUGUAACCAUUAGAGACUGGCUUUUUUUUUCUGCUGCAUCUUUAAAAGUAACAUCAUUGGGCCAGUAAGACGGCUCAGUGAGUGGAGGUACUUACGUCUCAGGCGAGGUGAGGCGACCUGACUUUCAUCGCUAUAGUCCGUAUAAGGAU